AUGCACGAAGGUCCACCGCACAAGCGGGGCAGCUGCAUCCCAUCCUUUCUUUACCUGGUGAGUUCCAUCUUCCCCCGAGUCCUCGUGCGCGCGGACUUCUGGCUCUUCUUCGGGCUACACAUGAUGGUAUGGGGAUUCUUCCAGCACGGAUGGAGGGACAACGCCGGAUGGAAGGGCAAUCGCGGGGGCAACCUCGGAACUGUGGGCAUCGACUGGGUGGACUGCUGGGUCGACCUGAAGAUGAUAUCCAUUAUGGUCACGUUUUUCCUGGCCUUCUAUGUGAACCAGUGUUUUGGGAGAUACCAGCACAUCUGCGCGACCACGCAGAAGAUGUUUGCUUCAGCUCACGACUUCAUGUACCAUGCCCGGCUCUUCCUACGGAAGCCGGACAAGCCGUACGACCGUUUGUCCAGCCGCUGGAUCACUGCAGUGUCGCUGCUGGGCGUGGCUCAGCUGGAGACGCGUGGACAGACUGACCUGGACGAACAACAGUGGAAAUCCUUCGUCUCCUCGGGAUUGGUGAGGAAGAACGAGGUGGAGUUCCUGCGCAGCCUGGGAGGCUUGGGGAGGCUACUAGUUGUAACGCAGAUGGCCGGCGAGGUGGUCCGAAGUGCGCUUGAGGCUGAAGGAAAGGCCGACGCCGGCAGGGACUCUGUCCUUACAGAAAUGGUGGACCGACUCCUCGUUUACAAGGAGCACCACCAGGAUCUGCUGGACCUUUCUGCAGUCAAAGUUCCCGUUCACUACCAUCACCUGCUGACCGUCAUGGUCUUUGGCGAUUUGAUGUUUCUGUCCAUUGGAAUGGCAAUGACGAUGUCUUGGCUGGCACCCUGCAUGUUCGCGCUCAUGUGUGUUAUCCUGCUCGGGAUGAUGGAUGUGGCGGCGCGGCUGUGGAAUCCGUUUGGCGCCGACUCGACUGGCUUUGCGCUGCAAAUGUGGGCCGGGGAGUUCUUGGCCGGGGCUCGUGCAAUCUUGGAGUAUGAGCACGAUGGAGCGAAGGACGGCUGGGCCCAUGAACUCCACGAGGAGCACUAUGCCAAUGUCAACCUGCAGAAGGCACCCGAGGAGCUGCAGACUCUCUUUGAUGGACAAGCGCCGAAGGCCCAUGAGCAGGUGAGCGUCCAGGUGGAGCCGGCCCCGGAAGCCGGUGGAGUCCAAAGCACCUGA